GACGUCCGUCACAGUCACACCGCUACAGGUCGCCGGGCAGUCUUGGGCUUAGUUCACGUCACUCAUUUCCCACCAGGUGCUUCCGACGAGGGACGCUUUAGCGACCGCUCCUCCUGCCCCCGGGGGGAAACGCAACUCAGUUAGGGUUCCCUUCGCCAUCCGGUCUCGGGGAGGUCACGGCUUCCCGCAGGGGCGCUCCCCGGACCUGAGCCGGCACCCACCUCAGGGCCAGCAGCAGCCUCAGCCGCUGCGGGCGCCGGAAACACUGUACCUGCCCUCGGGGGUAGCCUAAAGGAAUCGACGUUACACGUAGGAUGUGGGACACACGUGGGAGAAAGGUGAUCGCGAGGGACGGAGUGUGCCUAUUCAGGAGUAGGGGUUCGCCCACCGAGACGGCGGCUCUGGUGCUUGCCCGGCGCCCGCGGGCACACUUGGCGUUUCCACCACGCCUCCGCCCCCACUGCGAAUUCCUUUCCGGCGGCCGACCCGCGGGCAGUCCCUUCCAGGCGGCCCCUGCUUAUCACCCACGGCCACUUCCCGGUCACGGCCCGUCGAGUCUCCCAAAGUUUCCUGUGACGCCGCCGCCCGCCUCCGGCCCCAUCGCACCGUGGCAGCUCUGGAUAGCACGACGAGGACCGGGCUACUGAGGCUGAGAGAGCCGCAUCACAGGACAAACCUCGGAACCACGCCCGGGCCAGAGGGCGGCGGCCUCAGCCCGCGCCUCCACCCGCCGCGCCCGCAGCCCCCUGGCCGCGCGCGCCCACCCGGCCUCGAGUCCGAGCCCCGCCCCCUCCGGGUCCGGGUCCAAUCGGCCGCGCCCCGCCUCCUGGGAGGUAGUGGAGGAGGGGGCUGAGGGCCGGGCGGCAGCACCCGCCUUCCGCUCUCGUCCAUUGGGUAAGGCCUCGAGGGUGCCCGGAGACCGGAGUGCAGCGGGAUUGGCUGCAGCGGUUCGUGACAGCUGAGCCUAUUGGCUGUGGCGGCCCCCGUGACGCGGGGUGGCGACUGGCUCCCGUGUCUGAGGGGCUCCUGCUUGUCAGGUUCUAGAGACCCUUGGCGAAGAUCUGCUGCUCUUCUGCCCUGAUGGUUGGCAACAUUAAAUAGACACCAUCUCAAAUUGUCAGCUUCCAGUUAAGGCAGCUUCUGCACCACUUCAAGCUCAUAUUUUUUGGCUAGACCUGUGAUCAUUCCCAUGAGCCUUCACUCUACGUUUUUUCAAGUGUUUUCUUCAUCCCUAAUGAGUAAUCAUACCUCGACAUGGACCUGCUACUUUAGCUAAGACAUGACCAGCAAUGAAUAGUAGUAAGUUUUUUACAACAACCAUUUAUUCCCCCGGAGGGGUACACCAUUUCUGGAGGUACUGCAAUAUCAGAUAUGUGCUGAUUAGAAAGCUGAACUGUGCAGUGAGAAAGAAGGACAAGCAGUGCCUUACAAAAAUGGGGUUUGGGAGUGACCUGAAGAAUUCACACGAAGCUGUGUUAAAAUUGCAAGACUGGGAAUUACGGUUACUGGAAACAGUGAAGAAAUUUAUGGCUCUGAGAAUAAAAAGUGAUAAAGAAUAUGCAUCUACUUUACAGAACCUUUGUAAUCAAGUUGAUAAGGAAAGUACUGUACAGAUGAAUUAUGUCAGCAAUGUAUCUAAGUCUUGGCUACUUAUGAUUCAUCAGACGGAACAACUUAGUAGGAUAAUGAAGACCCAUGCAGAAGACCUGAACUCUGGACCCUUGCACAGGCUCACCAUGAUGAUCAAGGACAAACAGCAGGUGAAGAAAAGUUACCUCAGUGUUCAUCAGCAGAUAGAGGCAGAGAUGAUCAAGGUUACAAAAACAGAAUUGGAGAAAUUGAAAUCCAACUACAGACAAUUAAUUAAAGAAAUGAAUUCUGCCAAAGAAAAAUAUAAAGAAGCUUUAGCUAAAGGGAAGGAAACAGAAAAAGCCAAGGAACGUUAUGACAAAGCCACCAUGAAGCUUCAUAUGUUACAUAACCAGUAUGUGUUGGCGUUGAGAGGGGCACAGCUUCAUCAGAAUCAGUAUUAUGAUACUACACUUCCUCUGCUUCUGGACUCCUUACAAAAGAUGCAAGAAGAAAUGAUAAAAGCACUGAAAGGUAUAUUUGAUGAAUACAGCCAGAUAACCAGUCUUGUUACAGAGGAAAUAGUGAAUGUCCAUAAAGAAAUUCAGUUAUCUGUUGAACAGAUAGAUCCUACUACAGAAUACAAUGAUUUCAUAGAUGUUCACAGAACAACAGCUGCUAAAGAACAAGAAAUUGAGUUUGAUACUUCCUUAUUAGAAGAAAAUGAAAACCUUCAUGCAAAUGAAAUCAUGUGGAAUAAUUUAACAGCAGAGAGUUUGCAAAUAAUGUUGAAAACUUUAGCAGAAGAUCUAAUGCAGACCCAGCAGAUGCUUUUAAACAAGGAGGAGGCUGUCCUGGAGCUAGAAAAUAGGAUUGAAGAGUCUUCUAAGACAUGUGAAAAGAAGUCUGAUAUUGUGCUUCUGCUAAGCCAAAAACAGACACUUGAAGAGCUGAAGCAGACAGUCCAGCAGCUGAGAUGCACUGAGGCAAAGGUUGCAGCACAGAAAGAAUUACUGGAACAAAAAGUACAAGAAAAUGAUGGGAAAGAGCCACCCCCAGUAGUAAACUAUGAAGAAGAUGCACGAUCAGUUACAUCGAUGGAAAGAAAGGAGAGGCUAUCCAAAUUUGAGUCUAUUCGUCAUUCAAUUGCUGGAAUAAUUAGGUCUCCAAAAUCCGCACUGGGCUCUUCAACAUUCUCUGAUGUGAUCUCCUUAAGUGAGAAGCCCCUGGCAGAACAAGACUGGUACCAUGGUGCAAUUCCUAGAAUAGAAGCCCAAGAACUGUUGAAACAACAAGGAGACUUCCUGGUGCGAGAGAGUCAUGGGAAACCCGGUGAAUAUGUCCUUUCUGUAUAUUCUGAUGGACAGAGGAGACACUUUAUCAUACAAUUUGUUGAUAAUAUGUAUAGAUUCGAGGGCAAUGGAUUUGUAAACAUCCCUCAACUUAUAGAUCAUCACUACACAACAAAACAAGUCAUCACUAAGAAAUCAGGUGUAGUUCUGCUGAAUCCUAUUCCUAAGGAUAAGAAAUGGAUUCUCAAUCAUGAAGAUGUCACAUUGGGAGAAUUACUGGGAAAGGGAAAUUUCGGUGAAGUCUAUAAGGGCACCCUGAAGGAUAAAACUGCUGUUGCUGUCAAAACAUGUAAAGAAGACCUUCCUCAGGAACUGAAAAUAAAAUUUUUACAAGAAGCAAAAAUUCUCAAGCAAUAUGAUCAUCCCAAUAUUGUCAAGCUUAUAGGAGUCUGCACACAAAGACAGCCUGUCUACAUCAUUAUGGAACUGGUUCCAGGAGGUGACUUCCUCUCCUUUCUGAGAAAGAAGAAGGAUGAAUUAAAACUGAAACAGUUAGUGAAAUUUUCAUUAGAUGCUGCUUCUGGUAUGCUGUAUUUGGAGAGUAAGAACUGUAUACACAGGGACCUCGCAGCGAGAAACUGCCUGGUCGGUGAAAAUAACGUCCUGAAAAUCAGUGACUUUGGAAUGUCUCGUCAAGAGGACGGCGGAGUGUAUUCAUCUUCUGGCUUAAAGCAGAUCCCCAUUAAGUGGACGGCCCCAGAAGCUCUUAAUUACGGGAGAUACAGCUCUGAGAGUGACGUGUGGAGCUUUGGCAUCCUCCUCUGGGAGACAUUCAGCUUAGGAGUCUGUCCUUACCCUGGAAUGACAAACCAACAAGCACGAGAGCAAGUGGAAAGAGGAUACCGGAUGUCAGCCCCUCAGCACUGUCCGGAAGACAUCUCUAAGAUCAUGAUGAAGUGUUGGGAUUAUAAGCCUGAAAACCGCCCCAAGUUCAGUGAACUUCAGAAAGAGCUCACCAUCAUCAAGAGGAGACUCUCAUAGGGACGGGCCGGCGCCGGUGUCCCAGUAACAACCAGCUGACACCUUGUUCCCUGCAGCCAGUCUUCUAAGGUGAUUGGUUUUCUAUUAACUGGGUUUCUAAAAACACGUUCCACUCUAAAAAAAAAAAAAAAAAGUCAGAAGCAAAUCUGUUGAGGACACAGACCUCCCGCCAAGGGCUUUCUUAGCUAGCCACAGCCGUCCUGCCACUCGAAGCUUCUAAAUAGAGCACGGGCGCCGGGGUGGGAAGGGCGUGAGGCUGCCUUUGCACACCCCAGGCCGCUGUCUUCUCCGGGCGCGGGGCGUGGGCCGCCGCGCUCCGCCAUGGACCCUGCGCCCUUGGUGCUAAAAGUCGCGCGGGGCCCCGCCGCAGCGGGCUUUCCAGGCCGCCAAAGCAAGAUUAUCCCUGCACAGGGAAUCUAACACCGGGAACUGGCUGGGCCUCCCGGGCCUGUCUUUGUUUUCCUGCCAGACACGGAAGCCCAGCGUGAGACUCCCCGUGCUCCUGCAUUCUUCCCAAGGUUCUCUUCUCCCUCCUCACGUGGGCGCCAGAACCCGGAACCCAAGUUAGAGCUGCGGCAGCCGCUCUCCCGGGCGGGGUGGGGCGGCCCAGUGGGCGGGCGGCGCGCAGGGCAGGCAGCUCUGGGCGCUGGGUGAUCCAGCAGAGGAGGGACAGAAGCCACAGUCUGCCUCCUCCUCAGAGCGACGCCUUUACAAACACACACGCGUCCAGCGAGCUUUGCAGUCUGCGGUCUGAAUUCUCAAGAACAGGUUCUGUUCAGGAACUCUUAGACAAGAGUAACAAAAACGUAUCUGGACACACUACACAGCCCAAACCCACAGAAACACCAGCAAUACAUCUGCUUGAGUACCUCCACCCCAGAGGAGGCAACCAGAAUGUAAUUCUCUUUCUUUGUACUGCUUUUGGGAGCUGUCAAAAUUUCCUGAUUCCAAACACGUGUGUGUGUGUGUGUGUGUGUGUGUCCAUACAGAUGUGCACAGUGCACACACACACUACCAGGGCAGGUGUGUAUAAAGUGGAUGGUUUGGAAGUCAAGUGAAUAGUGAAAGGGAAAAGACCUAUGCACAGCCCUCUUGUUCCCACUCUCUCCCCUUCCUUUGCCCCUGUUCUGCCCUCCGCCCCGGGAUCCGUACUAGCUUACAGAUGUGAGGACAGUGCUAAAGGAGUUCUAUGUGGACAAAGUACCACACAGAGUUCAAACAAGGCUUCCGUGGAGCCGGAUUCUAGCUGCCUCUGAGGAACUUAGCCUGUGGUGGUGUGCAGUUGCCUGUCAGGAUGGAGACAGUCCCGCUCAGGAGCACACCCAGCCUGCGGUGCUGCCUUUUGUAAGUUCGCAGGCCUGCACCCCGAUGAUCACCUUCGUGAUGACCUGGUGUCCGUGUGUUGGAAGAGCUUCCCUCCCCAGCUGUGUGCGACCCCUGAGUGUCAUUGCACGGCCCUCACACCAGUGCUUCAGACCAUAAAGGUGUUCUGAAGACAAAAAUGACUGGUGUCUAUCAUUUCAGCCUCCUUGCAGAGUUUUUCCACCGUUAAUGGCUAAUCCAUUUAGACCCCAAUGAGAUCCUAAUCAAGUUUCCCUUAAAAACAUGUUGUGAUAUACAAGGCUACUUCAUUUGAUUCAGCAUGACUCCCCCUUCUUUCAAGUCUUGUGAGUAAAUGGACCUUUCUCUUGAUGCGCAUACCAUGGUAGAUCCAAGCCGGGACUCCUGAAUUAAGUGCUGUGGCCUUCAGGCACCUGCCAGCCUUCAGAAGUAAGAACAAGAUGGGACGUCUGUACCCCUUUCAGUAUUUCCAAGUGAAGCUCUGUUUGUAAUAUUCUUUGUUUAAAGAAAGCAGUCUUCCAUCACUUAGCAGCCUCAGUGCCAAGCUCUCGGGAAAGAGAGAGAAUGAUGGUUUUGGCUUUAAUUUUCUGAACAAGACCUGAAGCUUAAUCCUUGCAUUCUGGCAUAAAGAAUGAACAUGGCAUUGAUAUUUCACUCAUCCAGGCUGUUGGAAUUUGCAAUUCACAUCAUAACUCUGUGCUUAAAUUAAAAAGCUUUGCAAAACAUCAUGACAUCUGCAGCAUUUAAAUUCUAUUUUAUGCUUUGUCCCAAAGCAGGCAGUGGUACAGUUCAAGAUUAAUAACUCAUUGGGAGUCUUUCAAGAUCUUAUCAGUUGUAUGGAAUAUUAAAUUUGAUAUAGGCACAUGCAUUAAGAAAAGCUUCUGCAAACCAUUUUUUACUGUUAAUUUUGUUGUGCAUGGAGCAUAAUUUAUUCACCCCUUCUGUCACUGAUAAUUAUUGGGAUUAUGUACUUUAGGAAGCUAAUCCAUACCCCGAAAGCACACACAUACUGUUCUAAAUUCCCAAGUUUAUGUAGGGGAAGGAGCUUUCACAAAUGCACGAAAUCCUGAGGCUUGUGUAGUGAGACAACAGUCGUAACCACAGUUGUCACUGGUCUGGAUGUGAUUGAGUCCGGUCACCAACCUUAGUUAACAGAUUAUCCAAGAGUUGCACUACUGUCUAGUUCCUCUCAUAUUAUCGUACAUGUAUUUAUUGGGCAGGGUGGGGGGGACGGUCAACACAGGCAGUCCAGCUUUCACUUGCAUUUUUUUCUACCUUGACUCACUAAGGAGACUUUCUUUGUAAGAAAUAUGUCGGUAGCACGUCAUUUACCCUGUGUUCCCAACAUGUGAAACUUAAAAUGAAUUAAAUGAAUUUCAUGUUCCACAUAGUCGAAGGUUUCUUCCCAAAGCCAAAUAGUUAUAAAGGGUUAACAAGUCUGGCUGAACAUUUCUUUUUUUUUUUUUUUUUAAGAACUAAUACAGCAUUUUAAUUUUACAAAUUUUUGGAAGCGGGUCUCUGAUUACUGUUUAAACUCCCAGGGUCAGUAUGGGCACUGGUCCUCCCCACCCCCAGAGGGCACUGUUUCAGCCCCAAGACAAGGUUGCCCCAGGAGUGCAGUUGUGUGAGGUGCUAUUCAGUGCACAGUUCCCACUUGUUUCCGUUUUUUAGGGUUAUUUUGAAAAGAAAAUAAAAUGUUUUAUCUUUGAGAUACUUUUAAUUUCCUUUACACCACAACAUGGUCUUCUUGUCUAUGUUAUAUUUUAUAUUCCCUUCACCGUGUGGGCUUUUAAAGUCUGAUUAGUGCCACUGCCAUCACUAAGGCUUCCCAAUACUGGUGUCAGACUGUGGCAAGAAGAAGAUGUUGUAGUUGUAAGGUGGGGGUCUUCAGGAAGACCACAGAAAAUGGGAUUGAAUGAUACCUUUAUUGUGGUGGAAAACUCUGAAAUCCUUGCACAGUUGUUUCAAAUUGUGCAUUUUUGCAAACUUUUUGAAGACUGCUUGUCUAAGCCACACACCCAGGCCCUUGCGGUGGGCUGAGCAGCGCUUAGAACACAGUGAUGCAUGCCAGCACUGUUCGGAGCUCUUUUAGUCGCACUGCUGUCUGGUUAGUUCCUGUGAGCACCAGGGGUUUGAAGACUGCGCCCGAACACUGCACUGCGUGCACUGCUUCGUGGCCAGGGUCCUCUGCUAGCUUCUGGAAAGGGGUUCUCACCCCACCCUGCCUGGGGCCGCAGCAGACUGGGGGUUCUGAGGCCUGGAAGGACUGGCUCUCCCACGGAGAGGCCAGCUUGCACAAAACACAGCCCUGCCCAAGAAAAAGAGCCCCGGGCGAUUUGUUCUGUGGUAAUACCUUCAUUAAAUGGAAUCAAAGAUUUUAUGUGAAAGUGAAUCCCUAUUACGUUGCCAUUAUACUAUUAAGUUAGCAUGAAAGUUUACCAUUAAAAUAAAGUGUUACCUCUAUUAUUAAUAACUGAUUUCCUUAGUACCUGUCAAAAUCGUUUGACUCAAUAUUUUAAUUUUAUUUAUUUUUCUCCCUUUUGGUUAGUUUCCUGCCAAGUCUGAAUACACUUUUAGUUGGGAGAACUCACAACUGAAUAUUUAUUUCUGCAAAAGAAGAUACUGCAGUUUAAUAAGUCAGAUUCCAUGUACCAAGAUUAGCUACUUGGAGGAGAUAGUGCUAUAGUCCUAGGAUCCAUGCAUUUCUCCUCUAAAGCCUAAUGCAAGUGUGCACACUUGGCACCUUGGCCACAACUCAACCUACGGAAACAGUAGCCCGUGACAACCACCCGGCUGCCCAGCUCCGAGUCCGAGAUUACGUUCUGCCCUGUGCGUUAAGAAUCACGUUGCUUCCUAAGAAUGUCUGAGAUAAUUGGGCGGUGGAGAAAUCCCAUGAAGCGCACGGGAGGCAGGCAGGCUGAGAAGGGGCGGAGCCAGGCCCAAGGCAGCGGAGGGCAGGGCAGAGCCCGGCAUUCUGGGGCUGGAGUUGGCAGCCCUGCGGGGAGUCUGGGAAAGCUGAAGCAGAACAGAGACUUGAACAGCGUCGCCACGAAACCUGAGGAAGACUAUGCCGUGAGGCCAGAGCCUGUCCUGCAGGAAAUUAAAAUGCCAUCAGGGCGAGAAGAGGCGAAAGGGUCCCUGGCGGCCUGCGGGCCCUCCCGGGAACAAACUGCCCUCCUCUCCCUGCAGUUCCCACCCCUGCUCAGUGGUGGCGCUGCGCGGCGCUCAUGGGUUCGCUUAGUGGUGAUCAUGGGCUUCCAAGGCGAUCACCCAAGUCUCUCUAGGUUUGCAUUAGCGAUAGUUCGUGUUUCUUAAACUAAGGUCAGCGGUUAUUCAGAUUUUACUGGAAACCUUUAGCUGUAUCUGGGCUUAGCGGGAGCUACAGUCUCCUAAAGGAGCAACCUGACUUCCCUUUUCAUUGAGGUGAGCCCAGGGCUGCCGGCUACCUCUAGAGAGGGGCUGCACGGAGCCCUGCUCAGCGUGACAUCAGAUCCAGCGGGGAGGCAGGAAGAUCUCAGCUCGGGAGCAGGGUUCCUUGUUUGUCCUGUGACACUGGAGGGAGCGGAGUCUCAGUGACAUCGCAAAGCCAACCAGUGCGCAGUGUGGCUGCGGCGAGAGAGAAAGGGACAGGAGAGAGGGAGGCAGGGGAGAGAUGCCAAGCAGCAAGGACACCCCACUGCAGAAUGUCGCCUUCCAGCUGACGCCCACGGCGUCGGUAAGGGAAGCCGUCCUCGAAGGAGCUUUGAGGGCUUUCCUGCCCCCCUUAGAGGUGUUACACACUUCUCAAUGCCUGCAGCAGUUUCUUCAAGGGCACUGAGUGGAUAGUAGCUUGGUUUUCUGUAUACACCCUGUAAUCUCCAGAGGCAGCCACCGUUGAAUCCGAAUCACCCUACCUUGCCUUGUCAGUGAGGCCGCAGACACGACGCUGGUUCACUCCGUUCCCCAAGCUUCCAGUGGGAAGCACGCCCAGAGCCAGGGCAGCCAGGAUUGCAGAGAAGUUGCUGGCAAAGCUCCACUUUUCCAUUUUAUUAGAGAAAACCUACCUUGCAGCCGUCUGUAGUUGUGACAGGAAGACAAAUAUAGUUUCCCUCCUUGCCAACAAACUUGAAGAACCUCAGCACUAGGCUGUUUGGGAUCCACGCCAAAGCCUUGACUUCAUAAACUAGUUCCCAGCCAUCCCCAUUGAGGCCGGCAAGGUGCAGGUGUAGUAGCAAGUGUGACAGCAGUUCCAGCGGCAGAACUUCACGCUCCCCCUCGCUCUCAGGCGUUGCGGAAGCUUCUCGUGAGCGUCUGAGACAUCCUACCAGUGAGCACUGGUAGCUGCUGGUUUCUGGUCUUUGUUUUUGACUUCUGACUAGUGUUUUUCUUUUCUCAUCUUCAGUCUUUCACUUUGCCAAAGCAGAAAAGCCUUUAUCACUGGUUUAUGUCUGGCAAUGCCAUGAUUGGCCUCCACCAGAGUUUCUCAUGGGGUGCUCGGGGGCCCCCGCCUUAGACGGACCUCCCAGGCCCUGACACACCUAGAAUGGGAGAGGCCCGGUGGUGGUGGGCGCCGCAUAGAAUACUAAGACUUCUGGCUCUAGUCCUGGCUGUAGACAGGGUGAGCUGGUGGCAGGUGUGCUGUGAGUGGCACUAGCAGCAGAGGCUCUUGGGAGAUACUCUUGGAACAACAAGGUCAGCAGCCUGUGGACCUGCCCAACUCACAGAUCAGGUGAGCGCCCCUCAGAGAGCCAGCCACCACUAACAAUAGUCAUUUGUCCUUCACCCCCGCACACAGUUCCUCCUCCCCACCGUGCGAUGCCAACGCUUCUGUUGUAUCCGUCACACUCCUCUUACCACCACGUCUGAAGCUAUUUCAGUUAUGCAAUGUUAAGGGGUUUUCCAUAAUUUCAGGAAAGAGGGGAGCAAAUAGGAAGCCUUAAGUUCAAAACAAGCCAGCCUACCUAGAGGCACCGACCGCAAGCACCUCUGUAUGAAAACAUCAGUGCUUCCCUGACGGUCGACCAGAGCAGUGCCCUUUCUAAAAAGCCACGCAUCGCACCUGGUGUUCUACUUACGGGCAGUGUCCUCGGGAUCGGAACAAAGCACAUUCCAAAUGCCGUAGCAAGAAGCCAGAUUUUGAAUGAUAGCCAUGAAAGCAAACCACAGGAACACCACUCUACCCUUUGUUGUCAGUUUAAAACCCCCUUCCGGUUCAUCAGGUCACACAUCACACCUGGAUCAGCGGGCACUGUCAGUGUCCUGAACACACAAGAUAAAUGUAAGAUGACCUGGAAAAGAAACCUCAGUCCCCCCAUUGGAGCAGCAAAAACCCGAAUAUGAAAAGCAAUUGCAUAUGAGCCCAGACUCCCAUUGUUAAUCUCUCCUUCAUGGAGCUCUCGUCAAAUAGUGCAGCCUUGGGGUCUUCUUUCGAAUUGCCAGAACAAUCUUUAUAAAGCAGAAAACUAAACUCCCUCCCCUAGUGGGCCUCCGUUCUCUCAGAGCCCUGUGUUCAAAACCCGAGGAGCUGGACACGCGUCUGGAACCCGUUGUUAAUGAGCCCCUCCUUUAAAGCGCCAUCCGGCAGUCUGCCAGCUCACCAGUGCAUGCUUUUGCGUAUUUUUAAGCCCAGCCAGGAAACAAAACAACAAAAAAGAACCACCCCCUUACACAGGAAUUCUCUGACAAAUAAUUUGACUUGCUAGACACACAUGCGCCUGUGUGCUCUGCGGUGCGCCGGGCUGCCGUGGACAAGUGCCGAGGGCCGUGCACGGUCUGACUGCUUUCUCCUCCCACCAAGGACAGCAGUUCUUGGAUUUAGACGGUGGGACGCUGUGGACGCCCACCGCCUGCCAGCUUGAAUUGUGUGCUUCAGCUGCGAUCAGAGGACCCAUUCCAACAGAAGCACACUCGCGUGUCCCGCUACCUCCUUAGAUUGCAGGCCCUCCACUGUGUUUUUUUGGCUUCGGUGCCAAAGAGGUUGUUUUACAAGGUUCACCUGAUCUCCUGUAACAAGGAUACCUUCUAAGUGUUGAUUCUAAAGCCAGCCCCACGUGUAGAUCCAGUUAUGAAAGCAAAACCAAACGGAAAAGGAAACUGGUAGGGAGGGAGCUCAUGUCCUCCAAAUCCAUGACCAAAGUACCCACAGGCAGGAGACUCCCUUCCCCAUGCUGAGCCCCGCCCCUCGCUCCACAGGACAGCACCUCCUCCUGCCCUGCGACCCAGGCAGACUCCCGGGCCAGGCGCAUUCUUUCCACGGGCCACUGCUCCUCACCCUUCAGGGACCCCUGAGGUCUCGCCCUGAAGCAGCCUCCUUGGCUGCUUGCGCGUAAACACAUUCACUUAGCAGGCUGAUGGGCAGCUCGGUACAGUGUGGGUCGGUGGUGGUGUCACACCCUGUGUGUGUCUGUGUUUUCUUGGUUCAAUCCGGCUUCUCCAGGUGACCGCCCUAAGAAGUCAGAACCCACUGAAGUUAGAGUCAGCACUACUACAUAGGUGAAGGAAAGGCAGAUAACAUCAGGUUGUCAGAGUCCCAGGAAUAGCACUGACUUUCUCAGGAACCCAAGCAAAUUGAAAGCAAGGACAAAACACACAUACGCACGGUGCCCACGGCCACCUGACCAUUUUCCUGGCACAGCCGCGCAGCGAGUGGGCUGUGCAGAUGGAAUUCUUUGAGUUGUUUGCUCUCCCUUUAACAGAAGCUGAGGCCAGGGUGAGGGCUGGGAAUGGGGCCUGCCCUCAGCCCCCUGUGCGGUGCUGCCUGCUGCAUUCUGUGCAAAGCCAUCCUGUGGUUUACAAAGGUUUCUUUCAGUGCCAACGUAUGGUCAGUUUCAUGUCAGGUUAAAGCACCUUCGAUCUUUUGCUGUUGUUUUAAAAUAAUAUAUUUGUGAAGUGGGUAAAAGAAACACUGGAAAUUGGGUGCGUCUUCUGACACGUGCACGUGUAAAAUGUACAAACCAGGCCUUGGGGAGGGGGGUUAUCUGGCUUUGUAAACGCGUUUUUGAAAAAUGAAUGAGCGCUAAAUAGAUAAAGCAGUUAGCCUGUUACCAUUUUUUCAUGCAAUCUGUAUUUAACACUUAUUUAUUUAUGUCAGUUUUUACAUUCAGAAGAAAUUCGCUCUGGACUUUGGCUAACACUAUAGGGUGUUUGUUUUCUAUCUUUUUUAAAGACAUGGUGUCAUCAUUUUUGUAAACUUGGACCAUUUUGGAAUAGCCUCCUCUUCUCCACCAGACCAGUUACCACUCGUGGGUCUGCAGAACCUCUUUUUACUGUAUUCUUAUAAUAAAUGUCCAAUAUUUGUAGCAAA